UGGAUGUGAGGCUGGUGAAUGGUAGCAGCCCCUGUGCUGGGAGAGUGGAGGUUUAUCAUCGGGGAGAGUGGGGGACAGUGUGUGAUGAUUGGUGGGGUAUGGCAGACGCUGGAGUGGUGUGCAGACAGCUGGGCUGUGGAGAUGCUGUAGAUGCACUAGGAGGUGUUCACUUUGGACAAGGGUCUGGGAGAAUAUGGAUGGAUGUUCUGCUCUGCACUGGAUCAGAAUCCUCACUGAAGCAGUGUCCGUCAGGAGAAUGGGGUAAACAUCGCUGUAAUCAUGGACAGGAUGCUGGAGUGAUCUGCUCAGAGAUCAGGCUGGUGGGCGGGGCUGACCUGUGCUCUGGGAGAGUAGAGGUGCAUCAUAGGAGCUCCUGGGGCACGGUGUGUGAUGCUGACUUUGACCAGCGGGACGCAGAGGUUGUGUGCAGGGAGCUGGAAUGUGGGGCUCCUAAAGAGCUGCACGGGGCAGCUGCAUUUGGCCAGGGCAGGGGCCAGGUGUGGGCAGAGGAGAUUCAGUGUAGAGGCAACGAAUCUCAGAUUAACUCCUGCCCCACGGCACCCUCACAGAAUCAACCCUGCUCCCAUGGAAAUUAUGUGGGCCUGGUGUGCAGGGUGGAUGUGAGGCUGGUGAAUGGUGGCAGCCCCUGUGCUGGGAGAGUGGAGGUUUAUCAUCGGGGAGAGUGGGGGACAGUGUGUGAUGAGUACUGGGAUAUAGCCGACGCUGGAGUGGUGUGCAGACAGCUGGGCUGUGGAGAUGCUGUAGAUGCACUAGGAGGUGUUCACUUUGGACAAGGGUCUGGGAGAAUAUGGAUGGGUCUCGUGUACUGCAGUGGAUCAGAAUCCUCACUGAAGCAGUGUCCGUCAGGAGGAUGGGGUAAACAUCGCUGUAAUCCUGGACAGGAGGCUGGAGUGAUCUGCUCAGAGGUCAGGCUGGUGGGCGGGGCUGACCUGUGCUCUGGGAGAGUAGAGGUGCAUCAUGGGAGCUCCUGGGGCACGGUGUGUGAUGCUGCCUUUGACCAGCGGGACGCAGAGGUUGUGUGCAGGGAGCUGGGCUGUGGGGCUCCUAAAGAGCUGCGCGGGGCAGCUGCAUUUGGCCAGGGCGAGGGCCAGGUGUGGUCAGAGGAGAUUCAGUGUAGAGGCAAUGAAUCUCAGAUUUACUUCUGCCCCACGGCACCCUCACAGAAUCAACCCUGCUCCCAUGGAAACGAUGUGGGCCUGGUGUGUUCUGGCAGGGAGGAUGUGAGGCUGGUGAAUGGUAGCAGCCCCUGUGCUGGGAGAGUGGAGGUUUAUCAUCGGGGAGAGUGGGGGACAGUGUGUGAUGAUAGCUGGGGUAUGGCCGAUGCUGAAGUGGUGUGCAGACAGCUGGGCUGUGGAGACGCUGUAGAUGCACUAGAAGGUUCUCACUUUGGACAAGGGUCUGGGAGAAUAUGGAUGAAUGUUGUGUACUGCGCUGGAUCAGAAUCCUCACUGAAGCAGUGUCCGUCAGGAGGAUUGGGUAUACAUCGCUGUAAUCAUACACAGGAUGCUGGAGUGAUCUGCUCAGAGGUCAGGCUGGUGGGCGGGGCUGACCUGUGCUCUGGGAGAGUAGAGGUGCAUCAUGGGAGCUCCUGGGGCACGGUGUGUGAUGCUGCCUUUGACCAGCGGGAUGCAGAGGUUGUGUGCAGGGAGCUGGGCUGUGGGGCUCCUGAAGAGCUGAAGGGAGCUGCAUUUGGCCAGGGCGAGGGCCAGGUGUGGGCAGAGGAGAUUCAGUGUAGAGGCAAUGAAUCUCAGAUUUACUUCUGCCCCACGGCACCCUCACAGAAUCAACCCUGCUCCCAUGGAAACGAUGUGGGCCUGGUGUGUUCUGGCAGGGAGGAGGAUGUAAGGCUGGUGAAUGGUGGCAGCCCCUGUGCUGGGAGAGUGGAGGUUUAUCAUCGGGGAGAGUGGGGGACAGUGUGUGAUGAUUGGUGGGGGAUGGCAGAUGCUGGAAUGGUGUGCAGACAGCUGGACUGUGGAGAUGCUGUAGAUGCACUUGGAGGUGGUCACUUUGGACAAGGGUCUGGGAGAAUAUGGAUGGAUGUUCUGCUCUGCACUGGAUCAGAAUCCUCACUGAAGCAGUGUCCGUCAGGAGGAUUGAGUAAACAUCGCUGUAAUCCUGGACAGGAGGCUGGAGUGAUCUGCUCAGCCCAUCAAAUUGUCAGGCUGGUGGGCGGGGCUGACCUGUGCUCUGGGAGAGUAGAGGUGCAUCAUGAGAGCUCCUGGGGCACGGUGUGUGAUGCUGACUUUGACCAGCGGGAUGCAGAGGUUGUGUGCAGGGAGCUGGGCUGUGGGGCUCCUGAAGAGCUGCGCGGGGCAGCUGCAUUUGGCCAGGGCGAGGGCCAGGUGUGGGCAGAGGAGAUUCAGUGUAGAGGCAACGAAUCUCAGAUUAACUCCUGCCCCACGGCACCCUCACAGAAUCAACCCUGCUCCCAUGGAAACGAUGUGGGCCUGGUGUGUUCUGGGUAUACAGAGUCCAGGCUGGCUGGCGGCCCUGACAUCUGCUCUGGUCGAGUGGAGCUGGAGUACCUAGGCACCUGGUGGACAGUGUGUGAUGCAUGCUGGGAUAGCAGGGCCUCUGAUGUCCUCUGUCGGCAGCUGAAGUGUGGCACUGCAGUGGCAGUACCAGGACAAACCUGGUUUGGAAAUGGGAGCGGGCCAAUCAGCCACGAUGUGUUUGAUUGUCGUGGGAACGAGACACGGCUCUCACAGUGUGUGGUUUCCUCUUGGAGCCGGGCUGCGUUCUCACGUGGUCAAGAGGCUGGAGUCAUAUGCUCUGGCUCUGUUCUCUCCACUCUGGACGGGACGGUUCGGCUGGCUGGAGAGAGUGAGUGUGGGGGCCCAGUGGAGGUGUACUACCAGGAGACCUGGAGCAGAGUGGGGGGGUCCUGGAACUCCAGGGAGGCAUCGGUGGCCUGCAGGCAGUUGGGGUGCGGCUCUGCAGUGCAGGUCUACAGCUCCUCUCCGUCUGGGACGGGGGGCAGUGACGUGUGUCUGACGGGGUUUCAGUGCUCCGGGAGAGAGUCUCACCUGGGGAACUGCAGCACUCCACACAAUCUCACCUGCAGCUCCAGGGAAAGGGUGUCCAUCGUUUGCUCCAACCGCCGGUCCCUCAGGCUGGUAGGGGGAGGGGGUGAUUGUGCGGGGCGGGUGGAGGUGCUCUACGACGGUUCUUGGGGGACGGUUUGCGAUGACUCCUGGGACCUGGAGGAUGCUCAGGUGGUGUGCAGGCAGCUCCAGUGUGGGACGGCCCUCAGUGCCCCCCUACCCUCCUUCUUUGGGCCAGGAAAUGGACCCGUCUGGCUGGAUGAGGUGGGCUGUGUGGGGAACGAGACGUCCCUGUGGGACUGUCCCACAGCCGGAUGGGGACAGACUGACUGUGGACACAAGGAGGACGUGGGGGUUGUGUGUUCAGAAUUCAAGGAGAUGAGACUGAGUGAAGGCUGUUCUGGGAAUUUGGAAGUUUUCUACAAUGGCACCUGGGGCAAUGUGUGCUGGAAUGAAAUGGAGGACGACACAGCUACUCUCAUAUGUCAGGAGCUGAACUGUGGGAACACUAGUAAAGUGUCUAAAACAGGGCCAAGAGUCAAAUCUGCUCCAAACUGGCUGGAUCAUGUCAAAUGUCGCCCACACGACUCCACUCUGUGGCAGUGCCCAUCAGAUUCUUGGGGUGAUAAUAAGUGUGAUAAAACAGUGGCUGUGCUCAACUGUACAGCGAAAGAGAAUGAAGACAUUCCACGGAGCAAAUUGUCAUGUUCCUCGGCAAAAGAUCUGAGAUCUUGCACAAAUCACUGGCCCCUCCGGGUGGUGGGGGGGGCAGGCGGGUGCUCUGGGAGGCUGGAGGUGUUCCAUGGGGGCUCCUGGCGGACGGUGUGUGGAGACUCCUGGGACAUGAUGGACGCCCGUGUGGUGUGCAGACAGCUGGGCUGUGUGUUAGCACAGGGGGCUCAUGGUAAUGCUACUUUUGGGACGGGGAAUGGCGCCCUCUGGCUGACUGAGGUGAACUGCAGGGGCACUGAGCUGCACCUGUGGGACUGCCCACACUCUGCGCACAGCAGCUGCCGAUCGCAGAACCAGGCUGGGGUCACCUGCACAGGUCUUUCAUCUCGCUCCAGCCCCACUGCAGUUGCCACCAAGCCACCCGUGACCACACCACCUGGUCUGUCUAUCCCAGCAGUGGCCUUCCUGGUGGUGGGGGCGCUGUUCUUCCUGCUACUGGUGCUGCUGGUGCUGCUGGGGGUUCUGCUGCUCCAGAACAGAGCUCUGAGGAGAGCCCUUUCUCAUUGGGCCCAUCUCCCCGAGCCCGUCUACGAGGAGAUCGAGUUCAACCCGGUGCGUGGGGGAACGGACAGCGCCCCCCGGUGGGGGAGUGGCCUAUCUGAGGACCCGCCCUCUGGGUAUGAAGACGUGGGGGACGGCAAGGGACACUCCCUCUCAGGGGAGCUGGUGGAGGGAGACGCACCGGAGUACUAUGAUGAUGUCAUCACCACCCAGCAGGACCCAGAGGCUUUUUCAGCUGCCAGUGGGUUGGACUAUGAUGAUGUGGGGGUGGAGCCACCUGAAAUAGGAGGAGCAUUUUGAGAUUUUGUCUGAGGAAGCGUCCGCCCACCUGUUUGGAUCGCACAGCAUACAUGCAGCUCAGGAAUGCCUAGCAACAAGGAAAAUGUUUCAAUAUAAAACCACAUCCUUGACCUGUGGGGCCAGGGGACCUGGUGACGGAGGACACGACAGAGAACUACGAUGAUGUCAUCACUGCUGCGGAUGCACAUCCAGACAGUGUGGCAGGGGAGCUGGUGGAGGGAGAUGCACCGGAGUACUAUGAUGAUGUCAUCACCACCCAGCAGGACCCAGAGGCUUUUUCAGCUGCCAGUGGGUUGGACUAUGAUGAUGUGGGGGACGAGCCACCUGAAAUAGGAGGAGCAUUUUGAGAUUUUGUCUGAGGAAGCGUCCGCCCACCUGUUUGGAUCGCACAGCAUACAUGCAGCUAAGGGAUGCCUAGCAACAAGGAAAAUGUUUCAAUAUAAAACCACAUCCUUGUAGGUCAAUGAGUAAUUCAUCUGAAAUUAUUGACAGUAGGUUCCUAAGCUUGUUCAUAAAUCAGGACAUUGAAAGUGUUGGUACUUAUACACAUUGGAUAUAACAGCUUGUCUGGUGAUGAUGUGAUUAAAUAUGGGGAAACUAAUUACAUUUUUAGGUAUGUAAGAAUGUAAACAAUGAGCUAUAGCCUGUGUCAUUUGCUUUAUAUGUGUGUAUUUCCAUCAAACCCUUUCAGUUGUGGCUGUGUUCAUGUGUGGGUCAGAGCUGUCCGUGGUGGCUCUCUGAUUGACACAUGGAUGUGUUAUCAGCCAGACAGCAUCCCAACUCUCCUUGCUCCUCUGCAAGAUCACAUUUUUAAACUCUCCUUGCUCCUCACAUUUUUAAAGAUGAUUUUAUUGCACAUAGCCAAUGAGUUUCUUGCACUGGCUAACUUUUUACUUUUCAAAACAAUUUUUCCUGUGAGCAUUUACAUAUCUUUUCCCAGUGAUAAAAAUAUUUUCAAUAACAGAAAUAGACAUUUUUACUACCUUUUUAUACCAUAGUUUUAGAUAUUUGGAUUCUAUAUUUCUUGAAGCUUUUGAUUGACAGCAUUUCAUGAAAAUGAAAUAUUAUGUUUUGCUAAAAUGAUCACAAUGUAUUUCUUUGCCUUAAGCAAUACUAGUCUUUUAACAGCUGCACCUCAAUAUGAUAUUUUCAAAUAAAGGCUUAUAGACAGA